CGCAGCUAUUGAGUGUCGACAAAACAUUGUAAGAAGGCAGUGUGCUGAUACCCAGGUGGAUUUGUGAAAUGCUUAAUAAAAUGAAAUGGACACUGGUCUGUUUCACUUUGAGCUUGUCAAUGGACGGUCUAUACAGUGAGACGACGGUAACGAUCCACCCACAAUGGUUGGCACAGGGAGGUAGUGCUCGCUAUGACAGUAACAGGUGGAACAAGCACAAUGGUCUGGAUAGCACAUCCCUCAUUCCAAACUGCCGGAGCAUUCGGACUGAUAGUGGACGCUGGAAUAACAGAGAUUAUAAUGCUCGCCUGUUCCAAGACUGGCCAGAGGACCCCAACAGAAGUGGCUACCCAGAUCCCAACUACUUGAAGAAUGCCACCAAGCAGAAGGAACUGUUUUCCUUGUACCUUGCUAACAUUAACAGUGGUUACGAGAACGACGUGAUCAUGACGUCGAGAGCUCUAAACUGGCCGAACUGGAUGAACCAGUCUGAACAUGAAGGUCAGUUCCCCAACAACGUCGAUGCUGCUGCAGAGUUCCUGAUGUUGAUGGUGCAAGGCGUUUACGACUUCACCGAAGGACAGAUCCCACCCUACAUUGAACCCAUUAAUGAACCGGACCCAAAAUUCAACAUUUUGAACCUCACGACUGCCGCCAUGUUCCACAAAUCAGUCGCAGAGAAACUCCAUGCAAGGUUUAACAUCAAAGUUGCUGGUCCUACACUUGACGGUUUCGCCAGAAAUUCGGAUAGAAACAACUUUACCGACUGGAAAAAAGUGGCCAAUUUCAUGGACAUCACUAUGGACUUUUUAGACGUGUUUUCCUUUCAUUCGUACAACUCACUUACUGUUUCGGGGAAAUCUCACAAGUUUACUGGUAUGAAUGAAGCACGUCUGGUAGCAUUUGUUGACCUGGUUGAAAGCUAUGCCUCUCAGAAGACCGGAAAAAUUAUCCCACUUGUUAUCAGUGAAUAUGGUCGCGGAUCCGUGGAGGGAAUUGACAAAUAUGCUACAUCAGGUAUAGUAGACUUUUCAACAAUAUACCAAGCCAAUGCCCAUAGAUUUACCCAACUAGGUCUCAGGGAAUACAUUGACAGAACAGUGGUGUUUCUUUUAGCCAAUGAAAAAUAUCCGGGACAUGAUAGUCUCAACUGGUCACUUUUCACUCUUCAAGGAAACGCCACACGUAUUGUCGACGUCUUCAAAUUUUGGUACAAAUUCGCAUCAGGAUACUACUUUAUCAGAACUACCAGCCAGUAUGAUGAACAGGAACGAACUGUAUCGCCGUUAGCAAUGUCAAGCCCAUUGAAUAACGAAACGGUCGUUUUCUUGCACAGCUAUUCUCAGAAGUCACAAUCCGUCAAGCUAGACUUUGAAGACGGCUGGAUCAAGCCAACCACUGGAGAAGCUACCUGUAUCACCAUCAAGGACGAAUGGUACCCAGUCAUUACCUUUAAUGAACCCUUCGACAUCCAGAAGACCCAAGGAAUGGUUGAACUUCCUCCUGAAGCAACAUGCCACUUGAGAUUUAAAACCCCUUCACACCAACUGCCUUCAGUCACUCUCAACGAAACCACAUACUACGGAGCUGAUACACUGAUACCAAUCAAGGGAAAUGUCGCCUUAACAGUAAUAUCUCUACCAAAUGGUCAAUAUCACAGUGCAAGACUGAGAGUUUCUGCCAGUUGGCCGAUUAAUGAAACAAACAGUGUAUCAUAUCUUACCUUCAACCUCCACCGCCUUGACUCGUUCUAUAAGCUGUAUGACGCCAACAUAUUGGAAGUACCACCUUUUGGGAGGUCUGGGAGUUUGCUGUCCCAACCUCCCUGUUUGUCACCGGGCAUAACCAAGUACAGAUUCACUUCUCUAACAACAUGACAGCGGGACAUGUUUCUUCAGUUGCUCUUGUCACAGCCAAGCUGGUCCCUUCUGAUUUGAAGUCAUAAUAAUGAUAACAUAUCUGACAAAUUCCCCAACUUUGACAGCAUUAAACAAAUUCCAUUAAUAUCUCAUUGUUUCUAUCUUCCCUGUAAAAGGGUAUAUAGGUCCGAUUAACUAGUGCGUUGCAUUCUGUGAUUGUUUGGUUGUUGUGUAACGUCGCCAUCAGCACUAUGACGGAGCAAGGAAAUUAAAGCGUUUACUGAAUAUGCUGCAUAUUUUGAAAAAUACUGUCAGUUUUAUAGAGUUGGCCCACUGAGAAGCCAUGCCACACUUUAACAUCGAUACCAAAGUCAACGUGUACUGCACGAAUCCUUGUUAUAUCCCAAAAAUGCCGAGCACCAGGCAGUGAAAUAAUAUAUACCAUUUCUUAACGUCUUUUGGUAUGACCCGGCAAGGGAAUCGAACCACAGACCUUCCACUAUAUAGGUGAUCUGUCCACGAGACUACUGAGAUGGUCUCUAACUCUUUAAGACUUAAAACCAUUAUAAUAAAAACGUCUUAUUGGAAA